AUGUCUUCGCCCAAUUGGUCCCAAAACUAUUCAAAUAACAUGAGUUCUGGUUAUGUGUCGACCGAAAUGAUGGCACCGUUUCAGGCGAUGGACACAAUCGGCGGGAAUGCAGUUCUGCCCACAUCUCAGAUAGAGAUGACCCUCUCGUGCCGUAAUCUCAUCAAUAAAGACAUUCUCUCCAAAUCUGAUCCCUUCUGUUUGGUUCAGAUGAAGGACUCCUGGAGUGAGAAGUUUAACGAAAUCGGAAGAACCGAAACCAUUACCGAUAACCUGAACCCCGAAUGGGUUAAGAAGUUUGUCAUCAGUUAUAAC